GCUUUCGUCCGCCAUAGUCGUUUGCGAAAUUUGUUAUCAAACAGCAGGCGAGCAAACUUGUGUUUAGUAUUGUAGUGAAUAAUGGCUAUCGUAGAAGACGAAGUGAGAAAUGAAUCGGAGGAAGAGAGUGAAAUAGGUGUGAUUUUAGCGGAGGAAGAAGCCGAUGCAGGAGACGACCCGGAUGACUCCGACAUCGAAUUGGAAGAAGAAGAAGAAGAUGAUGAUGAAGAAUUAAUUUUGGAAAAGAGGGUGUUACGAUUGGAGAGCUGUAUUGAAAAGAAUCCUAAUAACUACCUCGACCACCUGGACCUCAUUCAGACUUUGUGGGGUCUGUCAUCUCUGGAACGUUGGCGAGUGGCGUUUGAUAGACUGCAGCAAGUGAGGAAGCUGAAGCCUGAGGACUGGUUGAUGCGGCUGCAGACUGAGGUGUCCCUGGCCCACAAUGACGAGGCCCGCGAACGCGUCGCCAAACUGUUCCAGGAUGCUGCUAUAGAUUGCUACUCCAUCCCGAUUCUGAGUGAAUGGUGUUCCUGGGCGCUGACUGUGGAGCCGGCUGACAAGGCUCGUGAACAGUUGGAAGAAGUUUUAAGACGCGCUGGUGCUGACCCCUUCUCUGGGAAGAUCUUCUGGGAUGCCAAAUUUGAACUGGAGAAAAAUCAGCUGGACAACUUGAGUGAGGAAGACCCAGAAUACAAGGCGCAGAAAGAACGAAUGCUCUGGUGCCUGGAGGAGGCGGUGUCCAGACCUCUUCUAAGAGGGGAGGAGGCAUUACAGCAGAUGGAGGAGAUAGCACUCUCCUUGCACAGCCAGGACUAUGUUGAUAAGGUGAAAAAGCAACACGAAUAUGCAGUAGAAUUCCUUCACAGGAUAUCUCCGUUUGAAGACCAGUUGCUGACUCUUGAUUCUCCAAAGGAGAAAUCGAAAGUGUACUUGAAUUACGUAAAAACUUUGAAGAAACUGGCUUUGAACAAGAGAUAUGCAGAGUGCGACACCAGUGGGAUAUUGAGGGUGGUAUACGAUCGUGCGACAACAGAGUGUGGAUCAGAGGGUUCCCAGUUGUUCAUGGGGUUCGCGUCUCACGUCCGCGCGCGCUCGUCCCGCGCCACGUACGUGCGCGUGCUGGCCUCGCUGCGGCGCCGCGCGCCCACGCGGGCCCUGCCCUGGGAACUUACCAUGCAACAGGCUGAGAAGGAUGGAGAGAGCUUUGAACAGAUAAAGACUAUAUUCGAGAUGGCUUUAGCGAAAGGAAUGAGUUCGUUCAGUCAGAGCGAGGAGUUAUGGUUAAGCUACCUGGAAUAUCUACGUCGCAUCUCCGAUUUUAACAAUGAAAAGGAUGUAGACAGACUGCGGAGAACAUUUAGACUCGCUUGGGAUACGUUGGCGGAGACGUAUAGCGAAGCAGCGGACGACAGUGAGGUUCCAAUAUUUUGGGCACGACUUGAAUAUAAGAUGCUAAACGAUCCAAAGCAAGGCCGAAUGAUCUUUGAAGAAAUACUCAGUUUGCCUAUUAAAGAAAACCCUCUCAAAACAGAUAUCGGCGAUAACAAAACAGUAUCGAAGUUCUGGGAAGUGCUGUUAGCAUUGGAAUUUGAUAGGAAGCCGCGACCUUCGGACCAGAAACUUCGUGAUUUAAUGAAACGGGCUCUUAAAAACGUACUGGACUUUCCGCCCGUCAUCAUUAGGAUGUGGACCGCGUUUGAGAGAGAUUAUGGAACUAUUGAGACUUUGCAAGAGUGCAAGGAAAUUUGUCAGCGAAGACUCAAGGAUUGGCACGGAGAAUAUGAGGAAAUGAGAAACACAAUGCUGGGGAAGAAAGGCUCGGAUGGAAACUCGAAAGCAUCAAAGAAGCCGAUGACUGACAAGAUAAUUAAAGGAGGUCCAAAAAAAGGUAAAAGGAAGUUGGAUGGAGGGGACGGUGGGGGUCAGACGAAACGGAAGAAGGAGGAGAAGAUGGAAGUGGAUGUGGAUGAGAAGGAGGAGAGUAAAGAAGAUAAUGGAGUGAAGCGGACUCAUGAGGAAGGAGAUGAGGAAGUUGGUGAGAGUAAGCGACAACGUACAAACAGCUCGAGCCCGCAUAGACUCGGCACGAGAGAUGCCUGUACGCUCUUCAUCAGCAACCUCGAAUUCAAAGUGGACGAACAAAAGCUUCGCGACAUUCUGUCACAGUACGGGGAUAUCAUCUCGCUGCGAGUGCGGAAGGGGAUCAAAGCGUUCGGGGGCUCCAUCUGCUAUUGUCAGUAUAAGACUCCAGAAGCAGUCGACGAAGCUAUAAAACAUGAUAGGAUCCCUCUGGACGGGCGACCGAUGUUCCUCUCGCGGUACACAGCCAAGAAAUCCAAACCCACGUUCAAAUACUCGACGGAAGAAGAAAAGAACAAGUUGUUCGUGAAGAACCUUCCGUUCGCGAACUGCACUAAGGAUGCACUCGCCGAAGUCUUCGAUAAGUACGGCAAGCUCAAGGAUGUACGGGUUGUGACGCACAAGGACGGCAAACCAAAGGGUCUAGCAUACAUAGAGUAUGAAGACGAGGCAGCGGCUGCUGAAGCUGUGUCGAAGGUGAAUGGAAUGAUGCUGGGAGACAGGAAGCUGGACGUGGCCUUCAGCGCGCCUCCGCCGCGACAGUCAGGGUCCGCGGCCGGUGAUGGCCCGGCACUGGGACAAGCAAAGCGGGACGCGGGGGGUGGCAUGCGACGAACGCAGCUCAGCAGUUUCAUCCCGAGCGUGCUACAGAAGGCCACGGCGAGUACAUCGCAACCACAACCUUCCACCAGCACUGCCACGUCCACAAAUGGUAGCCAUAGCAACGCAGACGAGAAGCGACCACUCAGCAACAGCGACUUCAGAAGCAUGCUACUCAAAAAGCAAUAAAAUUACAAGUUAGUCUUUGUAAAUAAUGUCGAAAGUCGCGUGUAAUUACAACAGUGUACUAGUUUACGAAAGUCGACCUUUCAUCAGAACUUUCAUACAAUUUUCGGCCUUAUGUUUCGUGUUUAAGAUUUAUUUUAAUAACAGUUUGAUUCCUUUACGAAAAUAUCAUUUUAAUUAUUACUACAAUGAUUAUCUCAUUCAUAUACAUAGGUUUUCUGUCAAUCCCUUUGUUUUAUAUGCAAGAAAGAGACGGGUAUAUAAUAAGUCGAGUUCGAGUUGAGUAUCUAUCUCAAUUGACUCUUCACGCACACCAAAAUGUAUUUUUUUACAUUGGCUUUAGAACUUUAUUACAAAACUGUAGAGUUGAAAAUCUAUUUGACGGACUAGGCUCUGCGCAAACGUAGACACUUCGUUUCUAGUUACAAAUACCGAAUACUUUUUGAUGAGUAAAGUGCAAGCAACUGAACACUUGUAUGCGCUGGGAGCGGAUGAUUUCAUACUGGUUUUAUAGAAAUCUAACAUUCAUCGGUAACUUGUAUCUGACUUGAGAGGGCUUAAGUGCUUUAGGACGAAUUUGUUUUAAGUUUGACGUGAUCGGAACGUUACAGCGUUUAGCCUUGGUUGGUUCUUUUGAGCUGGCCAAGCACGAAUGACUAUCGAAUUCGUAAUGUAAUAGGAUCGAGCGCUUGAUCGAGAUCGAUCGGGCGCUAUGAUUGGUUGGUUCACUGGACCCGGCCAAUCAGAGCGCCGAACGCGCUCGAUACUAUUACGUUACUAAUGCGAUAGUUAUUCGUGCUUGGCACUCUGAGCGUCGAACGUCAUAAACGAGUCUAUCACGCUAUCAACAAAUUCGUGCUCUGACUCAAAAGUGUCUACGUUUGCGCCCUGCCUUAAGGUUGCUUGAUGCGCCUGCACAUUGUAUGCAAUUUGACUAAAUAUUCCAUUGUUUGGCCAGUACGUUUAAUAAGACUAUGGUAUAUGUUCUGUCGAAUAUAAUAUACCUCACUUGAGUACAUAAUAGUAUGUUUAAUAUAUAAUUUUUAUAUGUAUAGAGGAGUGGAUUCUUCAAAUGUGGAUGGUCAUAUUCGUUAUGUGAAAAUGCUUUUCAAUUUUGAAAUCGAUAUUUCUUGGUUAGUAGACACAAUAUUCCGCUAAAGGAAACGUUGACAGCUAAAUUGAACAUCAAAUUUUCUUAUAUUAAUGACGAUAUGAUAAUAUUAAAAUCCUUAAGAAAAUAAAAACCCUUUGGCCGUUAGACAUUACUUACUUAACCUUAAUGUUAAUGUAUGAGAAGUAUUCGAUACAUAAUAAUCAAUAACUUGAUUUAUAUUACACAAUAGGCUCACCUCCUAUUACAUGGGACGCAUAACAUUGUAUGUACCUCUAUCUACCCCCUGAGGGAUUAUGUUGUAUGUAUUAUCGAAUAUGCCAUUCCACCUAUUUGAAUAGUUCACCCUAUAAUUCUGAUUAAACCUCACUAUAAUUAUUAUUAUUACAUUUGUCUGGUCUUACGACCUAACAUAAAAAGGGUCGAUAUUCAAUAAUGGUACUUAUUUGAUAAGACUAUAUAUGUAUAUCUAAUAAAUAUAAUAACUAAGCUUCUUCGUUUUACUCAUACAAUUGUGUUGUACAUAUUAUUGAUAUGUUUACGUUUAUUCUGUCUUCGAGAGUCUACAGUGGCGUGUCUUUGAAUUUUCAAAAUACUAGGUAAUUGUCUUUUCUAAUUCAGUUACCUAGAAGUACAUUGUGCAUAGAAGUUGAAGAGAGGUAGGUCCUGACUGCGCUUUAGUGGAACCGCGGUGGUGUGUAACCUCACAAUUUCAUUACAUAAGAAUCAAGCGCGGGACAAAGUCGCAAGUGCGGCCGCUUGUAUUCAGUUUAUUGUUAAAAAUCGCCGCGGUUCCCCAGUUAUUUGUUUCAUAACGUUAA